AUGGCGGUCGAACCUAGUCUUCCACCCCGUUACGAGAUCCGCACCCUUGGCCCAGAGCAUUCAGACUGGGCCAACGCGCUCGUCAUGCACGGCAACGCCUUCGCCUCGCCAGUCUGGUCGAGGAUAUACACCGAGGACAAAACAGCACUGUGCUACAACCUGUUCAGACUAGGCGGCCAUCUGAUCGACCACGCGAUCAGCUCCGGCCUCUCCCUCGGUAUAUUCGACAAGGAAUACACCUUCAAGCGCCAGGACUCGGCAUCGCCGGGCGGGAAGCUACACUGGGACCUGGACGACCGCACCGCCGACGAGCACAAGCUCCUCGAACAGAUGGACUUCCCGCUCGUAUCCGUAGCGAUGGCCUACGACAGCCACGACGUUCUCGACGUGGCACGGCUGAGCCCGCUGCUAGAGGUGAUGCCGCUGCUGGGCGAGCGCAGCCGGAUCCUGGCGGAGCGCGACAAGCGGGACCCCGCGAGCUGGGAGGCCACGGGGCCGGGGCAGGUGCUGUUCCGGAACUCGACGGCGACGAGGGCGGGCGAGGAGGGGAAAGGGUUCAUGGGGGUCCUCGCGCGGCACAUGAUGCGCAAGGCGGCGGCGGAGGGGUUCCGCGGCAUCCAGAUCCAGUGCCUCCACGAUUCUGUGUGCCGCGUGUGGAGUCGCCCGCCCGAGCCGUUUCGGGGCGAGGUCGUGGCUAGGUUCCACUGUGGUGAGGAUGAGGACGAGGAGGUCAGGCGUAAGUUUCGUGGGUCUGUUCAGGAGGUUGCGAAGGUUUAUGUGACAUUGAAGACAUAG